AUGCCUUCUGGAGUGCAGAAUAAGUGUUACCUUCACACAUUGGAUUCAUCAGGACACAGUGAGGUAUCUAAUGGCAACACAUUCCUGCUCUUUGUCUCUCUUAUGUGCAUUUUCUCAUACACGAAUACCUACAAAAGACUCCUCAAAGUUUCCAUUGAUCAGCCAAUGCUUGUGAGCGCAGCCAAGAAGGCCAAUAGCAUCCUGGUUUGUGUCAGAAAGUGUGGCCAGCAGGGCCAGGGCAGUGAUCAUUCCCCUGUACUUGGCACUGGUGAAUACUGUACCUCGAAUACUGUGUUCAGUUCUGGGCCUCUCACUACAAGAGAGACAUUGAUGCUGGGGCGGGUCCAGAGAAGGGCAACAAAGCUGGUGAAGGGUCUGGAGCACAAGUCCUAUGAGGAACGGCUGAGGGAACUGGGGUUGUUUAGCCUGGAGAAGAGAAGGGAGGACCUUAUCACUCUCUGCAACUACCUGAAAGGAGGUUGUAGUGAAGUGGGUGCCAGUCUCUUUUCCCAAGUAACAAGCGACAGGACAAGAGGUAAUGGCCUCAAGCUGCACCAGGGGAGGUGGAUUGUAUUGGAUAUUAGGAAAAAUUUCUUCACCAAAAGGGUUGUCAGGCAUUGGAACAGGCUGCCCAGGGAAGUGGUGGAGUCACCACCCCUGGAGGUAUUUAACGGUCAUGUAAAUGUGGCAGUUAAGGACAUGAUUUUGUGGUGGACUUGGCAGUGCUGGGGUGCUCAGUUUUGGGUAGAGAUGGGGGAAAAACUGUACAAUGUACCAACUAGUGAAAAAGAAAAGAACUUGGAAGUACUUACAGAUAACAGUGUACAACUGCCAGCUACUUCCCAGAACCCCUUUUUUGAUAUAAUACCAUAA